UCACCAAAAGGUUGUUAAGAAAGGAAAUAUCGGAUGUGACAAGCACGAAUGGUAUAGAAAUCAUGACUCAAAAAUGUAAAGUAUGUUUAACAGAUAAUACUUGGAUAUUUUCAAACGAUGUUCGCUUUGAUGCAAAUCAAGGAAGAAAAUCGAGAUUGAUAAAGAACCUGUUGAUCCCUCCUCGUAAAGAAAAUACAAAAUCAAAUAAAAUAACAGUGGUGACAUAUAAACCUGACAAGAAUGUGUCAGAAAAACACGAAAAGGAUGCCAUCACCAAUUCAAAUGACAAAAGAGAUAAAAUUAACAAUACACCUUCCGACUUAGAUAUAACUGAGGAUGAAAAGAAAAAGAUACCUGUUCCUACGAAUGUUAACGAAAAUCAUGAACCGACAGAAAAAGGUAUCUCUGAAGCACUAGAUAAUGUUCUUGCAUCUGCUUGGGUAAGAACGUCUGAUGUAUUAGCUGAUCUCAAAGGUUGGUCCGAAUCUGAAGCGACAUUUGAUGACUUUGCUGAAGUGGCACUCUUAGAUUUUGCUGGGCAAUACGAAUUCUAUGCAACUCACCAAACCUUUUUAAAUAAACAUGCAGUUUAUUUGUUAGUUCUAGAUGUUAGUAAGAACAUAAAAGGGUUGAUGACAUCUGAAGAUGGAGAUGAAAAUUUCCUUGAUAUGUCCGAGAUUCCCUUUGAAGACAUUGGAGAAUACAUAAACUUUUGGAUGGAUGCUAUUCAUUGCUAUGGUGAUGAAGAAGAUGGAAUCGGCGACACAAAAGAAGCGCUUCCCUCAAUUAUUGUCGUUGGCACAUGUUGUGACAAGUUACAGACUGAUAAGGAAACAAGGAAAUGGGAAAUUCAGAAACAGUUCGAUCAAAUACUAGGGGAUCAUCCGAAACGAAAGCACAUAAAAGAUUUUAUCAUGCUUUCAAACACCACUUCCAGUGAAUCCGAUUUUGACGUGCUCCGACGCCGUAUUGUACAGCUGGCUUCAAAAGUUGACACAUGGGGACAACAACUUCCUACUCGUUGGAUAAAGUAUGAACAAGUUUUGGAUCAACAUCGAGAAAACCAAGAUAGAGUCAUGGCAUAUGAGGACAUGAAAACAUUAGGGAAAUCAGUUGGACUUGAAAUCAGAGACAGGAAUGAAAUGAAUUUGUUUCUUAAAUAUCAACAUGAUAUAGGAAAUCUUAUUUAUUUUGAAGACAUUCCGGAUUUAGUGAUCUUGCAACCACAGUGGUUAGUUGAUGUGUUGAAAUGUCUUGUGUCAGCGAGGAAAUUCCAAAUCCGAAGAAAUAUUGUUUACAACUCCGACUGGAAAGAGUUAGAAACAACAGGUAGACUGACAGAAGAUUUGAUCACACAGGCCUUUACCGGAGAGGGAGAGGGGACAGAUUUUGUUAAAUACCGACGUCACAUUCUACAAAUCAUGGAAAAGUUUGAUGUAAUUGUCAAACCAGACAUAGCUGAGGAAGAAUCUGUAUCAUCACUAGACGAAAAUGGCGAAAUUGAUAAAUCAAAAAUGCCAACUGUUCAUUAUUAUGUGCCGUGUUUGAUUAAAUCAAAGGCCAUUAGCAAUAUAGUCGACAGUUUCAAAGUAGAUGGAAAGGAUUUUAACAGGACGUCUUGGAUGUGUAUGAAUUUCGAUUUUCUUCCACCUGCUUUUUUUAACCAUGUCCUUGUUAAUUACAUACGCCGUUAUCAGAUUAGUCGGGAACCAUCAAAACGUGGAUGCAAAUUAGCCCUUUACCGCGGCAUGGGAGUCUUCAAUCUCGAUUCAUCGGGUCGAACAAAGCUGGCAGUUUGUGUUAGCAAACACGUGAUCCUGUUUCAGAUCUGGAAAUGGGGGAAGCAUUCCCAGGUGUCAUUCAAAGACAUCUGGAAACAUGCAGAAGCCAGCAUUACCGGAAUAAAAGGGAGAUACAAGAUGAAUGUAUCGUACACAGUGAAAAUGAAGUGCUGUAAUGGAAGCUACGACAAUCCAGAUGGAAUGGUAGAAAUGACAAAGUUGGAGUCUGACGACGAAUAUUUUUGUGAUGAGCACGCAGAACUACAUAAAUCAAAGGACCUGUUAAACUCCUGGUUUAAGGAAGAAUUGAAUGCUGACAUGUUGAAUUAUGUACGACUAGCUAAAACAGUUGCAGACUUAAUGCCGGAAGUUAUGGUAGAACAAUUAAAAUCUGAUGGAUCUGAACUCACAGGAAAUACUAGCAUGACAUUCCGAUCUCUGUUCACCUCUUUCCAACUACAAAACAAACAUAAACCAACUACUGGGAAAUGGGCAAGUCCAAUGUGCCCGAAUGAAGACACUGAAAUAGCUGUAGGCGAUGAUGUUAAACGUUGGCGUUUUGUCCUCAAUGAACUCAAGAAUCAUUCUAAAAUAAUCGACGAGUCAUUCGUAGCUCUUGAAAAGGUUUUGACAAAUGUGUUCAUCCGAUCUGAGAAACUUUUUAAAAGUUGCUCGUUUGUUAGCAAAUAUCAGAAGAUAAUGAAUGACAUGUUUGAGGCAAACGAUUAUGAUUUCUAUCUGCAGAAGGUAAAACAUGAAAUUAUUCCCGAUACAUUCGAAAUCAACAUCAGACGUCAUUACCAGAUGAUUUUACAGGAAAUAUCUGUUAGCAAAAUAUUGGACCACAUGAUGACCCACUGUGUGUUAACCAGUGAUGACAGACGCCAUGUGGAACAACUUGUUAGACAGGCCGAACAAAAUCAGGCGUUGCUAGAUAUAAUCAUUGAUAGGAAUCGUUCAACGUUUGAUAUAUUUAUUGAUGCUUUGCGGGACAGCGGAUAUGAUGGUAUAGCCGAACUACUCAGAUGCGAUCUAGAAGAUAUCAAAGAAGAUACAAGAACAGCACAAAUGGAAGGAUUGUCAGCAUGGACUGUUCCAUUACAUAAGGUACGUCUUCAGAAGAAUUACGUAGAUAUCAUAUCUAACAUCAAACACGAGGCAAUAGUAGACCACUUGAUAUCGUGUGAAUUGCUAACAAUAGACGAUCAGCAAACUAUAGAGGCUUGUCCAGCACAGACCGAAAAGAACAGGAAGUUGAUGGACCGACUAUUGCAUUGUGGGGAGAAAUGCUUUAUGGAAUUUCUAAAUGCUUUACGUUCUGACGACAUUUAUGCAGAUCUCGCAAAUCAGAUAGAACAAACAGGUGUCACCAGUAUUGAUAUUGCUAAUCUUCAAAGUUGUUAUACAUAAAAUGUAGAUAAUCCAUGAAUUAUGAACUUAGUUAUACCCAUUUAACAAUGAAAAAUAUACUGAUAUAUUAACAUGUAUUACGCUUCUAAUGACCAUUUGGAUUUUUUUCUUCGUUUUAUUUAAAACAAAAAAGGCGGCAUGGUUACAAUAUAACUUGUAUAAACAUGCGAGAUUUGUCUAUUAUCAUCUUUUUUUAAGUUGUUGAAUUAUAACCUGAUGACUAUAAUACUCAUAAAAAAAACUUUACAUGCAAAAAAAGAUCAGCAAGACAAGAUGUAGAAAUAAGUCAAAAGUUAUUUUAAAGUGUAGAUAAUCCAUGAAUUAUGAACUAAGUUAUACCCAUUUAACAAUGAAAAAUAUACUGAUAUAUUAACAUGUAUUACGCUUCUAAUGACCAUUUGGAUUUUUUUCUUCGUUUUAUUUAAAACAAAAAAGGCGGCAUGGUUACAAUAUAACUUAAAUAAACAUGCAAGAUUUGUCUAUUAUCAUCUUUUUUUAAAUUGUUGAAUUAUAACCUGAUGACUAUAAUACUCAUAAAAAAAACUUUACAUGCGAAAAAAGAUCAGCAAGACAAGAUGUAGAAAUAAGUCAAACGUGACAACUCUUUUAAUAUUAGUCCGGAAAAUGGAAGUUGUUAUCUUAUAAUUCAUCUGGGUUUUUUUCUUUCAAUCGAUAAAUGGCUUUUGAAAGCGUAAUACUACUGCUGCCUUUAUUUAAAUGUGUAAUAUAGAAAUUGGUUAUCCCCUAAUAGUCACUUUUCAAAAAAUUGUGAUAAACAUUUAUAUAUCGUUUAUAUCAAUAUCAGCUAUCAGUUAUACCCAAACAUAUAUUCUACUUUUUCGCUAUUUUGUUUUAGCAUUUAUUUCAUUUUUAUGUACAUGUAGAUGGCAUGAUGUUGAUGUUUCUUUCAAUUGACAUUUGCUAUUGAAAAGUUAAUGUGGUGUUAUAUCGAUGUGUUCAAUUGAUAACUUGUUCCUUAAUAUGAUACUGUGGCAAUCAAUUUUGUAGCAAUCAAUUCAAAUAUCUAGCUGUUCACAUAUAUACGAAAUGUCAUGUAGUUAUAAUAAAAAAAAAUGACAGAGCGUGUAAAUAUGCAAAAAUAA